AUGGAAGCGUUACUUGACUUCUCGGAGUGCGUCGCGGAUUCUCCAGAAUUCAGGCUGAACCUGGAUAAGUUUGAGGAGGAUGUUUUUCUGCUACAGACACAGCUGGACAAGGUUACAAGGCUGUGCGGAAAAAUGGUGGAGGCGGGACAAGCAUACAAUGCAGCCAAUCAACUGUUUCUCACUGGCCUAUCCGAGCUGUUUUCACGUCACAAGGAGGAUGGCGUCAUAGCAAACUGCCUCACCCAAUUCGAGCAAGGCCUGCAGGAGCUGCUCACGUUUCACACUAUGUUAUUGGACCAGAGCCAGCGAGCUAUCAGUCAUCAGCUCAGUAAUCUGUGCGAGCAGUUCCUUCCUCAGCUGUCAGAGACCCGUGUGGAGUUUCUGCGUAUCGGUGACAAUCUGGACACAGCGGCUGCCAAGAAUGCUCAGGUGUCUCGACACAAGACCGCAGAGGCCGAGAGAGCAAGUCACUUGCUCACAGCUACCCGUAAAUGCUAUCAGCAUUUUGCCCUGGAUUAUUGUCUGCAGCUGAACAUGUUCAAGACUCAGCAAAAGACGGACAUCUUGAACUCUGUGUUCUCCUUGGUCAACGCUCAGCUGACAUUUUUCCAUCAAGGAUUUGACCUACUCAGGGACCUCGAUCCCGCCAUGAAAGUUAUGGCAGUGCAGUUGUGCGAGCGGUCGGCUGAGUGUGCGAGCACACGGAAAAAUCUGGAGAAUGCUCACCUGCUGGUCCAACAAAGAGAUGCCUCAGGAGAGACGCUGGUCCAGUCGUGUCACGGGAACAAUGACGUCAUUCAAGGUUACCUUUUCAAACGCUCCCGAAGGAAGUUGAAAACCUGGAAGAGGUGCUGGUUCGCUAUUCGAGACAACCAACUCAUCUACAGGAAGUCACACAAAGAGGCAUCCAUGCUCCUGUUCGAGGACCUCCGACUGUGUGCCGUCAAGUCUUUGGAUGACAUGGACCGUCGGUUCUGCUUCCAACUGAUCUCUGUGCACAAGUGUUGCGUCCUCCAGGCGGACUCUGAGCACGUGCGUUUGGCAUGGAUGGGCGCCUUGCAGGGCAGCAUCGACAUGGCGUAUCGAGAGCGAGGCCAAGCUGCACCGACCCAGCCUCAGGAGCCCCCUCCACCUAAGGGUGGUGACGACAACACCGCAACCAAUCAGGGGAAAGCGGUUCUGGCUGUGGCUUUGCAGGGUAGUGGCAAUCAACGAUGCUGCGACUGCGGUGAGGAGGAGCCGAGAUGGGCCGUCGUCAACUUGGGUGUCACCGUGUGCAUACAGUGCUCAGGGAUACACCGGAGUUUGGGCGUCCACGUGUCAAAGGUGCGCUCGCUAACGCUGGACUCAUGGGAAGCGGAGCAGCUUAAGCUGCUGUGUGUCCUGGGAAAUGACGCCAUUAACAACAUCUACGAGGCGCAGUGUUCGCAAAGAGCCAAACCCACCAAUGAGAGCUCACGUGCUGAGAAGGAAGCAUGGAUACGAGACAAGUAUGUGGAGAAGACUUUUGUGAGGAUGAACGACUGUUUCGAGGCCUCGCAGCUGUCGUGUCUCUACCGAGCUGCUGUGGCUGGAGACCUGGUCGCCAUGGUGAGGGCGCUGGCCCACGGGGCGCCGGUCAACGGGAACGUGGCCCAGGAGGAAGGACGUACACCUCUCAUUGGGGCUGCACAAGGGGGGUCGUUGUUGGCUUGUGAGUUCCUGUUGCUGAACGGCGCCAACAUCAACCACAGAGACCGAAGAGGACAAGGAGCUCUACAUGCAGCAGCCACCGCAGGACACACUGGGCAAGUGUGUCUACUGCUUAAGCGGGGAGCCAAUCAGUACGCGGUGGACGAGAGCGGACGUGACCCACUGGCUAUCGCCGUGGAGACAGCGCACGCAGACAUAGUCACGCUGCUGCGCAUGGCCAGGAUGAACGAAGAGAUGCGAGAUUCUGAUGGAGUGUUCGGAGCGGCGGGAGACGACCAAACAUUUCAGGACAUUUUUCGGGACUUUAGCAAUAUGGCGUCGCACGACCCGGAGAAGCUGGCCAGACGAACUUUCAGCAGAGGAGACGACGGGUAG